AUGUCUGUCGUGGAAUUCCUUCAAUCUAAAUCCACUCUUCUCGCUGCCGGCGUUUGUGGGACGUUAUUCUUAAGUUACUGUGUUUAUUUCGAUCGCAAGCGUCGGUCUGACCCCGCGUUCAAGCAGAGACUGCGUGAAAAGAGGAAGAAGGAGAGGAUGCAGAAUGGGUCUCGCGGACCGAGAAUGCCGAUCCCACAAUUCACAAAUCAAGAUGAAGUGCAUAGGUAUUUCCUUGAACAACUCCAGGCUGGCGAAGAAGCACUGAAUGACGAUGACGUCGAAAUGUCCGCCGAAUAUUUCGUUAACGCUUUGUUAGUUAGCGGAUCGCCGCGAGAGAUGUUGCGGUCGUUCAGCGAAACGCUUCCUCCGGCAUUGGUGGAAAAAAUCAUCUCAAUUUUGCCGAUGGCCAGUCAGAGAUUAAAUCCGUUGAUGAUGCCGGGAUUCGGAAGUGCCAUCCCUGUUGCUCGAGUUGCUGAAGAACCACCACCUCGGGAGCAGUCGGUUUCAAUUGUCGAAGACGAUGUUGAUUGAUUUCUUUGGCGGAAUUGCGGCAGUAGGAGGUCAAUCAUUUGGCUUAGAUUUAAGGUGGAGCACGGAUGAGCGUGAUCAAUUCUCGAGAGUUUUCGUUUGCUGUUAUCGUGCGUUCCUUUUUCUGACGAUUCAAAAAAAAAAUUUCGAAAGGCAAA